CUACCCUUCACCGCCAAGUUCAGUAUAUAAUGGCCGACGCUUUUGUCAAGCGGCCGCCACUUGUCCAAUGGAAACCUUACACUCUAUACGUAGAACGAGGUCGGAAGACCGUGUUCUACCACAACGACCUCUUUGGACGAAAACACCUCAUUCAGCACGUGCCCAAAGCGAAGGGUCAAUCACAUUAACAGUACCAGACACUACUCGACCUCUACCAGACACCAGUCGACCUCUACCCUCCCCUCCAUGCUCUGCCCCGGCCAGAACUCCCACUUCGCGACCCGUUCGACCCUUACCACCCACACCCAUCUCUCCUACCAUACAUUCUCCUCCUCUAGUCGAACCAUCCCAACCCAAACCGAACCCCUUCGCCACCCUCUCCCUACAAACAUCUCCAGAGCGGCUACGCCCACGCCCCCUCCCUGAUCCAUGUGAAGAACUCAGCCCUACGAGUCCAUUGACACCUUCCAUACCUCUCAAACCGUCACCCUCAGCUGCACGUAGAAAAAGGAUGUCUAAACUCAGGCGACACCUCGGAGAGAGUGUCUUGGAAACAUCGAUAUUCCGCCUGAGUGCGGCGCUUGACAAGGAACUGUUACUUAUUGAUGAAGAGGAACAAGAUCUCGUUUUUAACAAAACCCUUCUGGAGUUGGAUUUCCAUUAUGGCUCGACGACGAGUGUCAAUUCGGAGAGUAAUAGUAUUGAUCGUUUGGCGUUGGUAGACGAAGAAGAGGAGGAGGAGGAGGAGGAGGAGGAGAAUGAAGAUAUUGGGACCCUCACUGAUGGUGAUGAGCUUUGUUGGGUUAACAGGGCAGCUACGUUUCAGAGACUGAGUAUGAAGUGGGUACGAGAGCGGGGAGGACGUCGGUGGGAAGAACAGGAUUAUACAGAUAUUCUGCGCACGUUACGUUCACUUCGAUGAAUUUUGUCUUCUUCUCUCUGUAUAUUAUUUGCAUCACUUCCGGCGCUCAUCGUGUAUCAUGUAUUCCUUCACUUGCCACUACUUACUAUGCAUUAGACACAUUUUAUCCAUCCAUACAUCCAUCCGUCGUGCACGAGCCAUACUUGUUCUUGUUCUUUUGUUCAUGGGCUCAACGGGUUUCUCGGAAAACCCGUGAAACAUUCUAUAUCGAAAAAUUCCAGUUGCUCGCAGCCAGGGUUUUUUUUGCAAUUUUGGCUCCAUUUCCGUUUUGUCUACAGAGGCAGUGUUUACGUGCCGACUGCGUUCCAGAAUACAGUAAUAACUACCAAUACCUUCA